AUGGCUAAACAUAUGUCAAAGAAGAAGAAGAAGAAGACAAGAACGAUGAUAAUCUCUACUGAAUCUAUAGAUGAUGAAGAUGAAAGGAUUCCAGAAACUCCUGAAGCAAAUCUCCAAAAAGAUACUUCUACUCCACAGAUAACUGUUAUACCACCCGAAGAUUCGGUUGCCAAGUCAUUUACUAAGGAAGCACGAACUUCUAACAUUCUUGCACAUGUAUCUAAUAUGCAUGUAAAUGUCAUCAUGGGUCAGGAUGAUUCGAACAAAGAUGAACAAGGUAAACCUUCGAAUGUUACCUCAGAAACUUUUGUUUUUUUUCCUCCACAAAUUACACCUGUCAUACCCAUUACUUCCACCACAGAUUCCCCUACAUUCGAAAACGUCAUCAAACAUCCAUUUACUUCUCUUUUCUCUUCUCAAUCAACUGAUCCACCCACAACCACUUCCCCAAUCUAA